CGUGUAACGUUUUACGUUUUAUCGUGUAACGGGUAUCAAGCACAAUACUCGAUACUUUAAGCUGCCAUCUGGCUGGCCUUGCUCUUCAACUUCCUUUCCUUGCCGCCGCUCUGUCGCGCCCCCCCCCCACUCUCGCUACCUGUCUCUCUCGACUCUCUCACUCACUAUCGCUUUCCUUCGCUCACUGCUGUCCUCCGUGCCGCAACAAUGUAUUCAGCGGUUCGCACCCACGACUACGAUUAUCCCGAAUCGGAAAUGGAUGAGCGAGAGAGUCUUUACUUUGAUACGAUCUCGCUGGCCGAUUCGGAGGCAGCGGCAGCGGCGGCACAUCGCAAGUCGCUAUCGCAGUCCCGCAAUACCAUUUACCACUCGGCGGUGGAUCUGGCCGGCGAUGAGACGCGCAACAGUUUGAGGAACAGCGCCAUCGUUACGGAUCACAUGAGGCUCGCUGGCUGGCAGCCGGGCUAUCGACAGUCGACGGCGCUGGAGCAUCUGAAUGGUGAUGCCGGUGCUGGUGCCGUUGGCGUUGACCAUACGGACACUGCCAUUGCUGCCCAGCUGCUGGCAUUGCAAAACGGACGCACACAUCUGCCCACCGGCAUUGGCGUCGCCGGUGGCUAUGGCUAUAGCCGAACGGGCGCUGGCGCUGGCGCUGGCAGCGGUGAUGAUGAGGUCUCUAGACGCCUUUUAAGGCAAAGUAGCACAGUUUCUAAUAGAGAUAAGAAAUUGCCAAUUACAUACUCCCAGUGGAAAUCGAGGUUAUGUAUAUUGCUCUCUCGCUCUCGCUCUCNCCACGACUACGAUUAUCCCGAAUCGGAAAUGGAUGAGCGAGAGAGUCUUUACUUUGAUACGAUCUCGCUGGCCGAUUCGGAGGCAGCGGCAGCGGCGGCACAUCGCAAGUCGCUAUCGCAGUCCCGCAAUACCAUUUACCACUCGGCGGUGGAUCUGGCCGGCGAUGAGACGCGCAACAGUUUGAGGAACAGCGCCAUCGUUACGGAUCACAUGAGGCUCGCUGGCUGGCAGCCGGGCUAUCGACAGUCGACGGCGCUGGAGCAUCUGAAUGGUGAUGCCGGUGCUGGUGCUGGUGCUGGUGCUGGUGCCGUUGGCGUUGACCAUACGGACGCUGCCAUUGCUGCCCAGCUGCUGGCAUUGCAAAACGGACGCACACAUCUGCCCACCGGCAUUGGCGUCGCCGGUGGCUAUGGCUAUAGCCGAACGGGCGCUGGCGCUGGCGCUGGCAGCGGUGAUGAUGAGGUCUCUAGACGCCUUUUAAGGCAAAGUAGCACAGUUUCUAAUAGAGAUAAGAAAUUGCCAAUUACAUACUCCCAGUGGAAAUCGAGGACGUAUCGCAGCUUGAAGGAUGGACGCAGCGUGGACUUUGUUCUGGCCUACAACGGCGACGAUAGCGACACGGCGGCCAAAAAGCAGCGUGAGAUCUUCGAGGAGAAUCUAAAGCGCGAAGGCCUUGUGCUGGAGUCCUAUGAGUCCACUGACAUGCAAAGCGUGCACUUCACCAAGGUGCAUGCACCGAUGCCGGUGCUGGAGCGGUAUGCGGAAGUGCUAAAGAUCAAGAUGCCAAUGAAGGAGAUAGAGGGCCCGGAGCGCGGCCUAUGCAUCCACAUGGAAUUCGCACGUAAAUACCUCGAGCUGUACGAUAAGAAGCAUCCCAACUACUUUGAUGACAGCACACGGUAUUCGAUCAUCAAUUUCAUAAUGCAGCGACAGCACGACGAGACGGCCGAGUGUCUGGGCAUCGAGAAGCUCAUCGAGGAUGGGGUCUACCUCUGCGCCUAUGCGCUGCACGAUAAGGUCAAACGUGAUGAUCUGCUGAAGGAAUGGGCGAGCCUACGUAAUUGGAAGAAAAUGCAGCCACUGGAUCACAUCAAGGACUACUUUGGGGCCAAGGUGGCGCUCUACUAUGCCUGGCUGGGCUUCUAUACGCAGAUGCUGAUACCGAUUAGCGUGCUGGGCAUACUCUUCUUUCUCUACGGCUUCGUGACGUGGAACAGUGAUCCGAUUAGCUAUGACAUAUGCAAAGGCAACGAGACGAUCAUGUGCCCUCAGUGCGAUCGUGGCUGCAAGUUCUGGCAUCUGAACGAGACGUGCGCAUCCUCGCGUUUCAACUAUCUGAUUGAUAACAAAAUGACGAUGGUGUUCGCCUUUGUGUUGUCCAUCUGGGCGGUGGCCUACUUGGAGCUGUGGAAGCGCUACUCGGCGGGUCUGGUGCAUCGCUGGGGCCUCACCGGUUUCAAUCAUCAUGUGGAGCAUCCGCGUCCCCAGUACCUGGCCAAACUCCGCAAGUCCAAGAAGCUCAAGGACACACCGCUUGACACCAAAACCAUGUUUGAUCCGGAUGUGCCCUUCUGGAGCUUCAAGUUUCUGCCCAACUUUACCAGCUACAGCAUCGUGGUGUUGUUUAUAUGCAUAUCACUGAUCGGCGUGGCGGCCAUCAUCAUUUAUCGGAUGGCCCAGCGUGCCUCCAGCUCCAUCAUUGGCAACGAGGACUCAAUGACGUACAAGAUCAUGGUGCUGCCAAUAACGGCCGGUUUUCUCGAUCUGCUUGUGAUCUCGGUGCUGGAUCUGGUCUACAGCAAGCUGGCGAUUAGCCUAACCAAUUACGAAUAUUGCCGCACACAAACCGAAUACGACGAGAGUCUCACCAUCAAGAACUAUGUGUUCCAGUUCGUUAACUACUAUUCAUCGCUAUUCUAUAUUGCAUUUCUGAAGGGCAAAUUCGUUGGCUAUCCCUCCAAAUACAAUCGGAUAUUCAGYUUCCGGCAGGAGGAAUGCAAUCCCGGCGGMUGUCUCAUGGAGCUCUGCAUGCAGCUGGUGAUCAUAAUGGGGGGCAAGCAGGCGGUGAAUGCGGUUAUCGAGAUGCUCAUACCAUUUCUGAUGCGUGUCUUCAAUGAGCUGAGCCAACGCWASGWUUKCCUCAAGCGCCACAACGAAAAGAAGGWGCCGUCUAUCAAUCAGUUUACCGAAGACUUUWAUUUGCUGCCAGCCGAGGGCAAUUCAUUGUAUGAGGAGUAUCUGGAGAUGGUGGUGCAGUAUGGCUUCAUCACGUUGUUUAGCUUGGCAUUUCCCUUGGCGCCGCUAUUGGCGCUGAUCAAUAACGUGGUUGAGGUGCGUCUGGAUGCCAUCAAAAUGCUGCGCUUCAUACGGCGUCCCGUGGGCAUGCGAGCUCGCAACAUUGGCGUCUGGCAAAAYAUUAUGGCCGUCGUCACACACAUCUCGGUCGCCUCGAGCGCCAUGAUAAUUGCAUUUAGCACGAACUUUAUACCGAAAUUCGUUUACAAAGCCACCCACGAUGAUCCCGAGCUGGAUGGCUAUCUGAACUUUACGCUGGCCGCAUUUUAUACCAAGGACUACAAGACGCAAUCGCUGCUGGAUGCCAGCAAUGCGGCCAACGUGACGCUCUGCCACUAUAUUGAGUUCCGCAACGAUCCGUGGGUGGACCCACCCUACAAGCGGCCCAUGAUCUACUGGAAGAUCCUGAUGGCCCGCCUGGCCUUCAUAGUCAUCUAUCAAAAUAUCAUCAGCAUGCUGCAGGGCAUUUUGCGCUGGGCUGUGCCCGACGUCUCGGCCCGCCUGCUGAAGCGCAUCAAACGCGAAAACUUUCUGCUGCGUGAGCACAUCAUCGACUAUGAGAAG